GCAGCAUUAGAAACACCGGAAACAGAAACAGAGAAGAAGAGUUUGUCCUGCAGCAGCAAGGAUAGUUGUGAAACGCGAUGAAGGAUCUAUGCGUAGAUUAAUGAGCUUGAGCGGCGUUUUCUGUUCGUAUCGGUAGAGUAGAAAUCCUUGAUGAACUCUAAGUUAUCGUAGUGAAUUCUAAAGAGGUGUCUGAUCUGUUCCGGCUUGAAGAAAUGAGCUCGGUUAGACAAGAAGGAAAAGACAAAAUUAUCUUUGUCACCAAAGAAGAUCAUGAAGCUCCCAGCAAUGCUGAGCUUGUAGAAGAAGAUCCCAAUGACCCCUAUGAGGAGCAGGGUCUCAUCCUUCCUAGCGGUGACAUAAACUGGAACUGCCCCUGUCUGGGUGGGAUGGCCAGCGGUCCCUGCGGGACAGAGUUCAAGGAUGCCUUCUCUUGCUUCCACUACAGCAAGGAGGAAAUCAAGGGUUCAGACUGCAUGGAGCAGUUCACAGCCAUGCAGCAGUGCCUGCAGCUCUACCCAGAGCUGUACCCUCAAGAAGAUGAAGCCUCACCCAAACAGAGCUCCAAAGACUCUGCUGCUGAAGGGCCUUCGGCCGCCAACUCAAGCCCUGCUCCAGAGCAGGACUCUGAUACCUCAGAUCCCAACACAGAAAGCUCACCGGGGAGCUAAUAGAAGUCCAGUAUGUGUGUGUGUGUGUGUGUGUGUGUGUGUGAGCCACAAAGCUCAAUGUCCACCUUUCAGUUGCAGGUAAUACUGUAUGGAUCAAAUGUAAACCGGUUUUGUUUUGUUUUUUAAAGUUACCAGAGCUCCUGAUGAGGUGUUUGGGUAUGAAUGAUGUAGAAAUCAUUGGAAAGAUAUAUAACUUAUUUGGUUGGCUAAAAAAAACUCUCCAAGAAAACAAAAGAAAUCUGGAAAUAAAACCAAAAAAGUUAUAAGUACCGAUAAGUUAGAGUUUGGUUUACUUUUUCAGGCUCUUCAUAUCUUUAUGGAACUUCAGACUUAUAGACCGAGUUGUGAAGGAAAAACUUCAAAUGGAAGUUUGAAAUCCCAAGUUCUUAAAUGUUCUGAGCAGAAAUGACCAAGCCUGAUGUACUAGCAGACGGCUUAUGUAUUUAUCAGAAUUGUUUUCCCCCAGAGAAGCUGGAAACUUCAAAGUAAAAUUGGUUGAAUAUAUUUUCUGUUAAUUGUAAUUCUGUCCAUUUCCAUGUUUGAGGUUUUUGUCCCGUUACGUUUCCUUCCGUUACACUUGAAUUUUUUAUGAAUCUGAUGCUGAAGUGUCUGAAGUCGUCAGUCUGUAGAUUCUGCAGCGCGUUGGUGUGAACUCCUCUGUGUUCAGCCGUUGCUCUGUGGAGCUGGACCUGACCUUACUGACCUUCAAGCUUUCUCUGGAACAGAAUUCGACUGAGUCGUUUGUGUGCAGCAAGAGGGGGAAUAAAAAAUACUUGUGAAAGUUUUCUAAUGA